UAUAAUGAUGUUUUGACAUUCAACGCCAUGUUGUUUUUGUGAAAAAUACAGAGGAGAAGAGUGGUUUUGAUAAUAAUAAUAAUUUCCAAAUAUUUAUACAAACUAAUUUAGAGUAUUAGCGUCUAAGCAUUUAACUAUUAAACAGUGAACGGACCAACAUUUAUCAAAUUAACUGGUGAUUCUGAAUGAUAGAUAAACGAUCCAUCGAAGACAGAUCACGAUGAGUGACGAUGACAGAGAUAUUGACAUUGAAAGUGAUGAUGAAAAUGAUUCCGAUACCAGAUCACAAAACCGUUCUUCGACCAAUGGCACACAAUUUUUUUCUCAGGCUGAAAAACGAGCUCAUCACAAUGCACUAGAAAGAAAACGUCGAGAUCACAUAAAAGACAGUUUUACCUCACUGAAAGAAUCCGUUCCAUCACUGCAAGGCGAAAAGGCAGCGAGUCGAGCUCAAAUACUUAAAAAAGCUGCCGAUUUCAUUCAAUUUAUGCGACGCAAAAACUUUUCGCAUCAACAGGACAUCGACGACCUGAAGAGACAAAACAAAAUUCUGGAACAACAAAUAAAACAGCUGGAACAACAACAAGCAAACCUAAGAAAUGGAGACUAUCAUAAAGAUAUGAAAUCAGAUACAUCAAGCGAUGAGCUUACAGAUGGCGAAGAACCGAUCGAACAGAAAUCGAAAAAAUUCAAAUCAACAUCAUCGUAUGCUGGUUAGGAUAUGAUUUUCCUUCUAUUUUGUAUAAUUCGCUCGUCAUUUUAAUGUGUCUCUACUGUAAACAUAAAAAAAUAAAUUUAUUGUUUUGUAAAUGGA